CAUCCAGCCGACCUGGCCGGGGUCACGGAUUCCACCCAUCGACACCCACCCACUCGUCCAUCGUCGCCGCCGCUCGGAACAACUCCACCACCUAGCAACUCAUUCAUUCAUCCAGUCGCUUCGAACUUAGACUUCACACGACGACGCGUGGUCACAUCGGUCUCUCUUGCUCGCUCGGUACUAGUAACAGCAACAUCGACGACAUCCAACGAUAACACACCCCCACACAGUAUACUCUGGCAUCACUCACUGACGACAUACCGCUCUUGGUCUCCUCUCCCCACGUCCGCCUUGUCCUCGUCUCCACAGCCACAGUUGCAUCCACACGCCUGCAGUCUUACCCAUUCUCACACUGCCCCCAUCUUCCCCCCAUCGCACUCGUGAGCGGCAGAUAUAACCAGUCUCGACGGCCUAGAUCAUAGACACGACCCAUCCACGUCGCUGUACGCGUUAUCUCCCCCUCCCCUGUCUCUCACUCGUAUGGCCCUUACGACCAACUCGACUCCGGCGGCGACGAGCACGACGACGACGACGCCACCCGUGGUGGCGUACCUCCGCUCCCUCGUCGCCGUUCGUGAGCGCUCAAAGCAGGUGUUCGACCUCGUGGUCCGCGACAAGGGCGACUACUGGAUCUGGCACCAGGACAAGCUCCAGACAGUCGUAGACUUCUGCGCCGGCCUGCUCGAGCGCGACUUUGGAACAAACUAUGAUAAGAUUCCUCCACACUGCCGCAAGAACCACUUUGUGACCCAGACCCCCAAGCCCAUCGACCGUAUCGCGCAGCUCCUCGAGAACCCGCAGUUCCCUUCCAAAGAUAAGCCCGUGGAGCGCGCAGCCGCCCUCAUCGACCUCUACAUCGUCUCGGUUCUGCUCGACGCCGGCGCUGGCAACACCUGGACCUACACGGAGCGCGAUGCGAACGGCAAGGUGACGUGGGAGGGCGGCCGCAGCGAGGCCCUCGCAGUGGCGAGCUACCACAUGUUCGUGAAUGGCGUCUUCUCGGCUGUGCCAGGUGACCCGCUGCGUGUGGAUGCCAAGGCGCUCCAGGCCCUCACUCCAGCGAUCCUCGGCGAGCAGUUCCAAGUGACCGCCGCGAACCCCAUGUCGGGUCUGGAUGGAAGGGCAAAUCUGCUGAUCCAGCUCGGUGGGGCGCUCGAGGCGCGUCCUGAUAUCGUGCGGUCAGGCCGCCCCGGUGACAUCCUCUACUACCUCCAGCCUACGCUCAAGACCGGCGGCCCCAAGCCCGUCCUCUCCCUCGUCACAUUCUGGGACACGCUCUUUUCUCUCCUUGCGCCCAUUUGGCCCUCGCGCACCACCUUGCCAGAAUACCCCGACGAGGUUCUCGGGGACGUGUGGUACUGCCCGUCGCUCGCACGCUCGCACGACGCCAUUGGUGACCAGCGAUUCGAGGGCGACGCCCUCGUCCCCUUCCAUAAACUCACCCAGUGGCUGUGCUACUCACUCCUUGAGCCGAUCGAGUCGGUCGCCGGCUGGCGUGUGGACCCUGGACCGGGGCAGACGGGCCUUCCAGAGUACCGUAACGGAGGUCUCCUGGUUGACCACGAGCUCCUGACCAUCCGCCCCGACUCGCUCCCGAACGGCGCCUACCCCAACGGCCGUGACGGGCUUCCUGUUCUCGCCCCCGGCCACCCCGCUGUUGUCGAGUGGCGCGCCGUGACUGUCAUUGCAUUGGACAAGAUCCACCAGGGCAUCUGCGACAAGCUGGGCCUCACUUCCGAUCAGCUCAACCUCGCACAGGUCCUCGAGGCCUCGACCUGGAAGGGCGGGCGCGAGAUUGCAAAGCUCAAGCGCCCAGAAUCUGGAGGCCCCCCCAUUGAAAUCAUUAGUGACGGAACCGUGUUUUAAACCCUCGUAUAAGGAGGAGGGAGCCACGGCUGCCGAUGUGAUGUACAAGCGCGAACAUUGGCUGGCAAGGUAGUCCACAGACGCUAUGCAAUGCGAUCAUCUACAUAUAUCCUCUGCCGAGCAGUACCUACUAUCUCGGCUGCUCACUAUGACGUAAAAUCGUGCUCUAACUGCUCGCUCGCUCACAUGUGGGCGUGGGGGUCUUCCUCACCCUUUUGGUCGGGGGUGACAGUGAUGCUGUCGUCGAUACGGAGCAAGCUGGUCGCGGCCUCGAGGGCGGCCUUGAGCGACUUGAUCUUGGACAUGGUAGGCUCCAGGACACCGGCGGCGCGGUUGUCGAUGACCUCGCCGUUGAGCAGGUCGAGACCGUAGAAGAUUAAGCCGCGCUUGGGGUCCUCGGGGCUAACCGACUGGGCGGCGUUGUGGUACGCGCGGAGCUUGGCGACGAGGUC